CGCUAUGCACUAACUCGCUCAUUUCCGGGCGGCGCACGGGCGCGUAAUUAGUUUUCGCCGAUUGUAAAGUGUCUUUGUCUGUUUUGACUCAAGUUAAGCGGAGUGGGAGAUUUUUUCGGUGCGCAAAGAGACGCGAAGGGAAAGUGACAGUUGUAUAUAAAUACGAAGUGUAGCAGCCGCAUUGCAAGAACUGAUAGCGAUAGUGAACGGUGAACAUGCGAUCAGUGUUUUUGGUGAUUGGCAUCUGCCACCUGCUUCUUGUCGACAGUAUUCGAGUCGAUAGAAGGCAUGACAAGCGAGAUGCGGAACACCAUCAUGACCACCAUGAUUUUGGAGACUCUGGUAGUCACGGACACGAAGUAGAGGAACACCAUGAAGAACACCAUCAUGAGGAGGAUCAUGGACCAGCGAUUAGUUACCAUCAUAUUGAACAUCAUGAUAUAGGGCAUCAUGAACAUGAAGUCAAACAUGACUGGAAACCAGUUGAGGAGGAACACCAUGAAGAGCACAAAGAAGAAGAACAUAAACACGAGGAGCAUAAAGAGGAGGAACACAAAGAGGAACCACACCAUCAUGAAAAGAUAGUUACAGUCAUCAAGGAAGUGAAGGUACCCUAUCCUGUAGAGAAAAAAAUCCCUGUACCUGUAGAAAAGAAAGUACCAUAUCCAGUUGAAGUAAAGGUACCACAUCCGUAUCCAGUUGAGAAAAAAGUACCUGUUCCUUACAAGGUCCAAAUCAAGGUACCAUACGCCGUACCAAAACCAUACCCAGUUGAAAAAAUCGUCAAGGUACCCGUACACGUCCACGUUGAUAAACCAUACCCUGUCGAAGUAAAAGUACCAGCCCCAUAUCCCGUAGAAAAAAAAAUCCCUGUCAAAGUUGAAGUGAAGGUACCCGCUCCUUACCCAGUCGAGAAAAAAGUCCCCUACCCUGUUUAUGAACACAUCAAAGUCCCAAAACCUUAUCCAGUAUAUAAAGAAAUCAAGGUACCCGUAAAAGUUCAUGUAGAUCACCCGGUACCCGUCCAUGUCUACAAACCAUACCCUGUCAAAGUAGAGAAAAAGGUCCAUGUGCCCUACACGGUGGAAAAACGUUACCCAGUCAAGGUCUACGUGGAUAAACCCGUACCAUACCAUGUGGAGAAGAAAAUCCCUUACAAAGUAGAAGUACCUAUACCUGCUCCCUACCCAGUAGAGAAAAAGGAACCUUAUCAUAUUGAGAAACCAGUACCUUAUCCAGUGAAGGUACCAGUUGAGAACCCUGUUCCUUACGAAGUAGUAAAAAAAGUCCCCUAUGUGGUUGAAAAGAAGGUACCCUAUGAAGUGAAGGUACCUGUGCAUGUUCCUGUCCAUGAAGAACCACAACACGUACCAGAACACCAUGAAAUUAGUGCUGGUGGAGGAGGAGGACAAGAAUUAGAAGGUCAUGACUUUGGAGGUGGGCAUGACAUAUCCGGAGGUGGAGGUCAUGAAUACCCUGAUCAUGGAGGUUAUGAAUCCGAAGGUGCGGGACACGAUUAUGGCGGAGGUCAUGAAACCGGCGGACAUGAUUUCGGUGGCGACUAUGGCGGUGAGGCACACCACUAAACUUGAUUUUACUCUUGUAUUAUGUAUAUAUGUUUUUAACGUUAAAUGUUGACUUGUUUGGUUUUUAAAUAAAUAAUUUUAACACUUA